AUGGGGAAAGCGGCCGCUCUGUGCCGAGGCGGUGGCUGUGGCGGCCGGUCCCGCGGGCUCUCGUCGUUCUUCACGGUUGUCCCCUGCCUGUCCUGCCACACGGCGGCGCCGAGCAUGAGCGCUUCCACGCCCGGCUCCGAGCCGGAGCCCAAGCCUCAGCACCAGGCGGUGCCCCAGCCCAAACGGGAUCUGGUGUCAGAACAGGUGUCGGAGCCAGUUUCUGAGCCGGUGCCAGGAUCGGAGCCUGAGUCCAGGAAGAUGUCUGAGCCAAGGCCAGGAUUCAAACAGGAAUUGGAACUGCUGCAGGGGUUGGGGACCGGAUCAGGUCACCGGGAAGAGUUGGGCUCAAGCCUGGGGGCUGGGCCCUUCACCAAGGCCCCAUCCGAGCAGGUGCUGGCGCUGGGGCCAGUAGUGGGGAGCGUGCCCUUGACCAAACUCGAGUCUGGGUUGUUGCCGGCAUCAAAGGCUCCGCGACCAGGGCAGGUGAAGACACAUCUUGGGGCUCCAGUGCCAGGGAGUGGCUCGCCCUCCGCUCUCCCGAUGGUCUCACUUCCUCUGGACAGCUUCAAGGGCUGGCUUCUCAAGUGGACCAACUACCUGAAGGGCUACCAGCGGCGCUGGUUCGUGCUCAGCAACGGCCUCCUGUCUUACUACAGAAAUCAGGGUGAAAUGGCCCACACCUGCCGUGGCACCAUCAACCUGUUCACUGCGCACUUUGACACGGAGGACUCUUGCGGUAUCGUGCUGACCAGUGGGGGCAGGACCUACCACCUCAAGGCCGGUUCAGAGGUGGAGCGGCAGCAGUGGAUCACCGCCCUGGAGCUGGCCAAGGCCAAGGCUGUCCGCUUGAUGAGCAGCCAGUCAGAUGACUCUGGGGACGACGAGGACGAGACUGCCUCCCCAGCUGAUAAGAGCGAGCUACACGACACCAUCAAGAAGCUCUCCCUGAAGCUGGACGACCUCAGCACGUGCAAUGAGCUCGUGGCCAAGCACGGCGUGGCACUGCAGCGCUCCCUGAGCGAGCUGGACGGCCUCAGGAUCCCCUGUGAGAGUGGCGAGAAGCUGAAGGCAGUCAGCGAGCGGGCCACCCUUUUCCGCAUCACUUCAAAUGCUAUGAUCAAUGCCUGCAGGGACUUCCUGGAACUAGCGGAGACGCACAGCCGGAAAUGGCAGCGGGCUCUGCAGUAUGAGCAGGAGCAGCGCGUCCAUCUGGAGGAGACCAUUGAGCAGCUGGCCAAGCAGCACAACAGCCUCGAGCGCGCUUUCCGCAGUGCCCCCGGCCGGGCCACCAACCCCACCAAGAGCUUCAGCGAGGGAAGCCUCUUAACCACCAAAGGCGAGGACAGUGAGGAAGAUGAAGAUACCGAGUACUUCGACGCCAUGGAAGACUCCACAUCCUUCAUCACAGUGAUCACUGAGCCCAAGGAGGACAGAAAAGCCGAGGGUGGGACUACAGGCUCCGUGGAAUGGACCUCAGACAAUGUGCUAGACAGCACCUCACUUGUGCGCCAGGGCCCCCCCAAAGUCAAGAGGCGUGUCCGCAUCCCUGACAAGCCCAACUACAGUCUUAAUCUUUGGAGCAUCAUGAAGAACUGCAUCGGCCGGGAGCUCUCCAAGAUCCCCAUGCCGGUCAACUUUAACGAGCCCCUGUCCAUGCUCCAGCGGCUGACGGAGGACCUGGAGUACCACCACCUGCUGGACAAGGCCGUGCACUGCACCAGCUCCGUGGAGCAGAUGUGCCUGGUGGCGGCCUUCUCCGUGUCCUCCUACUCCACCACCGUGCACCGCAUCGCCAAGCCCUUCAACCCCAUGCUGGGUGAGACCUUCGAGCUGGACCGUCUCGAUGACAUGGGCCUGCGCUCCCUCUGCGAGCAGGUGAGCCACCACCCGCCAUCGGCCGCACACUAUGUGUUCUCCAAACACGGCUGGAGCCUCUGGCAGGAGAUCACCAUCUCCAGCAAGUUCCGGGGGAAAUACCUCUCCAUCAUGCCGCUAGGUGCCAUCCACUUAGAAUUCCAGGCCAGCGGGAAUCACUACGUGUGGAGGAAAAGCACCUCGACUGUGCAUAACAUCAUCGUGGGCAAGCUCUGGAUCGACCAGACAGGGGACGUCGAGAUUGUGAACCACAAGACAAAGGACCGGUGCCAGCUAAAGUUUUUACCCUACAGCUAUUUCUCCAAAGAGGUGGCCCGGAAGGUGACAGGAGUGGUGAGUGACAGCCAGGGCAAGGCCCACUACGUGCUGUCAGGCUCGUGGGAUGAACAGAUGGAGUGCGCCAAGAUCGUGCAAAGCAGCCCCAGCAGCCCCAGCUUGGACGGGAAGCAGAAAACGGUGUACCAGACACUACCGGCCAAGCUGAUGUGGAAGAAGUACCCGCUGCCGGACAACGCGGAGAACAUGUACUACUUCUCGGAGCUGGCCCUGACCCUCAAUGAGCACGAGGAGGGCGUGGCGCCCACCGACAGCCGCUUGCGGCCCGACCAGCGGCUGAUGGAGAAGGGACACUGGGAUGAGGCCAACACGGAGAAGCAGCGGCUGGAGGAGAAGCAGCGCGUGAAUCGGCGCCGGAGGCUGGAGGCCUGCUCGCGGGGCUGCGGUGCAGAGGAAGCAGAGAAGGAGGCCGAAGUGUACGUGCCGCUGUGGUUUGAGAAGAGGCUGGACCCGGUGACUGGGGAGACGGCCUGCGUGUACAAGGGUGGCUACUGGGAGGCCAAGGAGAAGCAGGACUGGCACAUGUGCCCCAACAUCUUCUGAGCACCACCCCCCUCCUGCAAAUACAGGCGGCUGCACAGCCUGGUCCACCUUCUAUUUAAUGCACUCAAUUUAGUACUCAACUGACCUCCCCACCUUUUCCUUCUUAUGUUUUUUAAUAACACUUUUUUGGGGCUCCCACCUUGGAAGGAGGAAGUGCUGACCCGGGUUCUUUCCAGCCCCCAGGUGCCCCGGGUCUCCUGUGACCCUUCAUCAUGGACUUGAGCCCCAUCAGGCCCCCCAGCUCCAGUUUCCACACCUCAGGCAGGCUGGCCCGGGCCCUUGGCUGCUCCAGUCACCAGCCCCCCAGGGAGGAACUGGCCCCCUCCCAGGGAGCCACUUUUGACUUUUUUAGAAAAAAAAAGAUCUCCAUUUCUUUCCAGCCAAGGUAUUUAGUAAAUAUUUUUAGUACAGCACUUGGUGGACAACUUUCUAAGUGUGCUUUCUUGCCACAGAAGUGUCCUGGCAAGAGCCCCUUCUUUUUAAGACAUUGGGAAGCCAGAUGGACCCCUUUGAAUCGGGAGCAUUUUGUAGCUCAAACAGCAAGGCCAUGUGUAUGUGAGCUGCCCACCCCCCAGGAGCCCAGGACCCCCCAGAGAAGGGAACCAAGGGCCGCCGGGCCCAGGAGAGCACAAGUCAGUUGUCUCUGGAGCCAGAGCCCCACGCAUGGUGGGGAAGGGGACACUGAGGGACCGCCAUGUGGAUUUGAGGGCAACAGCCCCUGCCUAGCCCUGGCCAUGCUGGGGCUGCUCCCCGGCCCCACAGAGGCCGGGCCUACAGGCGCUCCUGCCACAGAACCCAGCCCCAAAUCAGCAAUAAGAACCAACCCUCGGCUCAGCCUGGGUUGGUAUCCUGGGCACCAGAGAACCCAGAGUCCCGUCUCUGGGGUGUCCCAUCUCAGCACCCCUGAACUCUUUAUUUGCCAUAUAUAUAUAUAUAUAUAUAUAUAUAUAUAUAUAUAUGAUAUAUAAAUAUAUAUAAAAUAGCUAUUUUGCUUAAAUUUUUAUGAUAUGUAGAAGUGAAAAAAUGAUGACGACAGGGUGCUCCUGUCUGAGUUUGGCCCUCCUGUCAGCUGUGCCCUGCCCUCUCCUCAGAUUCCCUUCCAGUGGCUUCUGCCAACUGUGGGG